CCCAAUGAAAGUUGCAAUUUCAUCCUUUUAUUUUCUUUCUCUCUCUAUCCCUCCAUCAACACUGGAUCUGGACAUUUUCCCUUCCAAUUUCUCUUUUUUAUUGGGUUGUUGUUGGGUCAAUUAGGGAUGGCAAUUUGCCCCGAUCCCCGUGAGGUCCCGUCCCCACCAUUUGCGGGGACGGGGACGGGGACGGGGACAGGGACGAACUCCCCGGCCCCGCGGGGCCCCGUUGACAUCCCUAGGGUUCCCACUUGCUCAGUUUCAUGCUCUGUGCCAGUGAAACGGACAAUGAUGAAGAAGAGGAAGAUGAGGCUACAAAUGAUUAAGACGAGGAUGGAAGUGAGGAGGAAGAUGGAUCUAGUAAGGAUGGUGAACAACAAGAAGGAGAAAGGAAAGGAGAGAGAGAAAGAAAGGGUUGUGCUAGGUGCGUUUGGAGUUAACAAAAAGUAAUGGAUCAAGAGUGAGUGUGUGUAAUGGACAAUAAUGUAUGUAUCAUUGUCCUUUCAAAAAAUGACUUAGCACAGGUUAUGUUUGGUAUUGUUGUGCCUCUCCUUAUUCAAAUUUCUAAUUAUGAUAAGAGAAAAGUGUAUUGGUUUUGAUUCUUAAAAAUAAAUAAAAUUUUAAUUUUAAA